AUGACAGGCGUCGAGAAUGAGAAUUUGGAGAUUGUGCGCUCAGCUUUGAAGCUUUGUCCAAAUUUUCCGAAGAAAGGAAUUACAUUUAUCGAUAUUUUCGGCAUUUUUGCUAACGCGAAAGCACAUCGUGCACUGAUUGAUAUAAUCUUAAAUCGCUUGUCGAAUCGAAACAAAACAAUCGAUGUCGUCGUCGGUCUCGAAGCACGUGGAUUCGUUUUCGGGCCACAAAUAGCUUUGUCGCUACAAGUUCCAUUUGUUCCCGUUCGUAAACGUGGUAAACUACCAGGAAAAGUUGCCCAAAUCGAUUACGAACUUGAAUAUGGUAAAGAUACAAUGGAAAUCCAACUGAAUACUCUGCAACCAAAGCAACGAGUUCUUCUCGUCGAUGAUCUACUCGCUACCGGUGGAACAUUGGGUGCCGCGCAAAAACUCUGUGCUAAUCUUGGCUGUGAAGUUGUCGAGACACUAGUUAUUAUCGAAUUAAUCGGUUUCAAUGGUCGUGCCAAAUUGAAUAAUGUUGAACAUUUCACAACUUUAUUUCAAUUUGCUGAAGGCGACCUGGAAGCCAUUGCUGCGAAUGCUGAUCAAAUGCAUGACUCAAAUCAUGCCUGA